UUUAACACCCCAGCAGCAUCCCGUCUGUCACAGCUUCUCUGGACUUCAGUCUGAGCGGGAUCAAAUCAUUGAGACUUUAAUGCAAGAUGGAUGUGAAGCUCUUUGCGCUCGCGGCUGCUCUCGCGAUGGUGAUAUAUGCGCCUCAGACUCAUGCAAAGCCCAUCAGUCUGGUUGAACGAUGCAGUUGUCGUUCAACCGUCAACAACAUCCCCAAAGGUUACAUCCGAGAGCUCAAGUUCAUUCACACACCCAACUGCCCCUUCCAAGUGAUUGCUAAACUGAAGACAAACAAGGAGGUGUGCGUGAAUCCGGAGGUGCGGUGGCUUAAGCAGUACCUGAAGAAUGCUCUCAACAAGAUGAAGAAAGCCAAACAGACCAUCUGAAAGGGCUGCAGAGAUGCUCCUAAACCCGGGGCAUCUGGAGCAUCGUCAUGGAUAUGUAACGUGAGAUCAUCUGGCGUGUUACACAGCACUUACCCCAGCUGCCGUCCUCUCGCCUCGUGCACGGAUUGAACUGCAACUCUUCACCAUGAACACCUAACCUCCUGCCGCCUUUACCAUCACCACUCCCACUACUUAUAGCAAAAAAUAUUAUUGCAAAGUGGCAUUAUACCUGUAUGUUUUCUAACCAUUCUGUACAUAAUUUUUUACUAGUUGUUGGUAGAUAUUAACAGAAAAGCAAAAUUUUUGAAGGCAGAGUUAUUCUAUGUCCAUUUUAAAAAUUGUAUGAAAUUUUGGCUGAAAUUUCCUCAAAGGGAGAUGUUUUCGGGAUAUGACUCAAACCAUUCUGCUCUGCUCAAUGUUUUUGAAAACUAAACAUGAAAUCAGCUUAUUAUCCUUUUCGUGAUUUCUAAUUACACAACAUGAACUAGAAGUGGAUUGUUUUGCAAAGAAACAAGAUCAUUUCUAAUUUACUGGCAUCAAAGGACUUCACGGAGUGCCAGUUCCCCACAUGUGCUAAUAAAAAUCCCAUUUUUAUUCCAUCGUGAAAACAGUGUGCCAAAAAGGGGUUAGCAUUUCCUGACCUGCAUUUUUGGCUGUCGUACAACCCGAAGUAACUCGUUUCUGCUUCUUUUUUUUAACCCAAAACAUCAACAUCUGGUUUUGGAAAACGUUUAAAUUUACUGGAAUUGUUAAAUUCGAGAAGUUAACUACAAGAAGAGCAUAAUUACAUUGACAAUUAUGAGCUGGCAGCCUGUGUUUCAGUAGUUAUUUUCUGAAUGCAACUUUAAUGAAAAGUGGUCUUUAGUGGUUGGGACAAAAUGUAAGAGUCAGCUGCAGAAACAGUAGUGCCGUCACGAAGAACAGACAUAUAUGGAUGUGACUUCCUACGACUGUCAUGCAAAAAGUAACGCACUUUAUGUUCCAUGUUAUCACACAAAAAAAUCUAUUUGGUAGCUCUGUUUGUGUCUGUUGGUCAUACUUUUCAUUUUUAUUGUUUUUUUAAGCUUUUCUUAUAGUUGAAUUUGUAGAUCUGGGACACCUAUACAACUAU